UUGUAUUUCAGAAGCUAGAUUGCAAACGAGGUGAGGUUUGAUUAUCAUACUGCGUGCACAGGGCACUGCAGAGAGAGAGAACAUAGAAACCUGAGAUACACUAUCAUGCUCUGAUAAAAAGAAAAAGAGAACCCAAAAAGAAAGCGAAAGCGGCUUCUAUUCCCAUCUCUUCCACACUCACUCAGUCACCAUAUAUAAUUAAUUUUCUCUUUUUUCUCUAAACACUUCCCUCCGUUCUCUCUCUCUCUCUCCACCUUUACCAACUAAGCAAAGCAAAACAAUCACACCUAGCACUCUCCCUAACAUAACUUUCUCCAAUGGCAGCACCAAAGCUGGUUCCUUUACUGUUAUUAAUAACUAUAAUAACAAUGGGUCUAAGCAAGAAUGUGCUGGGUCAAGCGAGUUGGUGUGUGGCGAGGAGUGACGCUAGCAACGACGCACUUCAAACGGCGUUGGACUAUGCAUGUGGGUCUGGUGGGGAUUGUCUUCCUCUUCAGCCGGAUGGACUCUGUUUUCUCCCUAACACCAUUCAGGCACACGCUUCUUAUGCCUUCAAUAGCUACUAUCAGCGCAGGGCCAGAGCCCCUGGCUCUUGUGAUUUUGCUGGCACUGCCACCAUUGCCACCAGUGAUCCCAGCUAUGGAUCUUGUGUGUACCCUUCUUCUGCAAGUGGUGCUGGAGGACCAAAUACACCAACCACAACCCCUCCAAUGAACAACCCAAAUGUGCCAACAUCUACCGCAACACAACCAAUCUUUGGUGGGGGCAACACUGGUGGAAUAACUCCUGGAAUGAGCACUCCAUUCCCUGACAGUUCUAGAGCACAUUCAGAAGCAACAGCCACAUGGUUUUUAGCUUUCUUUUCCUCUCUUAUUAUAUUCAUUAUCUCUUAGCCUAUUUAAGAUCUUGGGCCAGGCUUACAGUUUUGUCAGAAGUUGAAAGGCUCCCUUUGGUUGUUUAUAACCUUAAUUUUAUGCAACUACCUCUUAUGCCCCCACUAUUUUAAUGUAUAAGGUUAUGAACAAGUUAAGCAUGGCAAACAUGGUUUAUUCAGGAAAGAGCAGAGCUAGGUUGUAGCAAGGCCUUUGCUGAUGUGAUUCUAGAUUUAUAGGGCUCAAAUUUAAUUCAAUAGUUCAAUUUAAUUGUUCUCCUUGCGAACUUUAUUAUGUUUCACAAAUAGUGCAAUAUCGUUAGCUUAUAUAAAUUUUGUGUUUUUUCAUGUCA